CUUUGCAAGUCCCACUUGUGUUGCACAUCCCAGUCCCAUUGCAAGUCCCACUUGUGUUGCACGUCCCAGUAGUUUUGCACACCCCAACAGCUUUAUAAGUCCCAGUUGUGUUGCACAUCCCAGUUGCAUUGCACACCCCAGUAGCUUUGCAAGUCUCAGCUGUGUUGCACGUCCCAGUUGCGUUGCACACUCCAACAGCUUUGCACAUCCCAGUUGUGUUGCACGUCCCAGUUGCAUUGCACGUCCCAGUUGUGUUGCAAGUCCCAGUUGUGUUGCACGUCCCAGUUGCGUUGCAAGUCCCAGUUGUGUUGCACGUCCCAGUUGCAUUGCACAACCCAGUAGCUUUGCACACCCCAGUUGCAUUGCACGUCCCAGUAGCAUUGCACACCCCAACAGCUUUACAAGUCCCAGUUGUGUUGCACGUCCCAGUCCCAUUGCAAGUCCCAGUUGUGUUGCACAUCCCAGUUGUGUUGCACGUCCCAGUCCCAUUGCAAGUCCCAGUUGUGUUGCACAUCCCAGUUGCGUUGCACGUCUCAGUGGCAUUGCAAGUCCCAGUUGUGUUGCACGUCCCAGUUGCAUUGCAAGUCCCAGUCCUCUUGCACAUCCCAGUUGUGUUGCACGACCCAGUUGCAUUGCAAGUCCCAGUUGCAUUGCACACCCCAGUCCCAUUGCAAGUCCCAGUUGUGUUGCACACCCAUCAGCUUUGCAAGUCCCACUUGUGUUGCUCAUCCCAGUUGUGUUGCACGUCCCAAUUGCGUUGCACACCCCAGUCCCAUUGCAAGUCCCAGUUGUGCUGCACAUCCCAGUUGUGUUGCACACUCCAACAGCUUUACAAGUCCCAGUUGCAUUGCACAUCCCAGUUCCAUUGCAAGUCCCAGUUGCAUUGCACAUCCCAGUUGUGUUGCAAGUCCCAGUUGUGUUGCACAUCCCAGUUACGUUGCACGUCUCAGUAGCUUUACAAGUCCCAGUUGUGUUGCACGUCCCAGUUGCGUUGCACGCCCCAGCAGUUUUGCACAUCCCAGUUGUGUUGCACACCCCAACAGCUUUACAAGUCCCAGUUGCGUUGCACAUCCCAGUUCCAUUGCAAGUCCCAGUUGUGUUGCACAUCCCACUUCUGUUGCACGUCCCAGUUGUGUUGCACACCCCAGUCCCAUUGCAAGUCCCAGUUGCGUUGCACAUCCCAGUUCCAUUGCAAGUCCCAGUUGCGUUGCACGUCCCAGUUGUGUUGCACACCCCAGCAGUUUUGCACGUCCCAGUUGCAUCGCACACCCCAGUCCCCUUGCAAAUCCCAGCUGCGUUGCACGUGUCAGUGGCAUUGCAAGUCCCAGUUGUGUUGCACGUCCCAGUUGCAUUGCACACCCCAACAGCUUUACAAGUCCCAGUUGCGUUGCACAUCCCAGUUCCAUUGCAAGUCCCAGUUGCGUUGCACGUCCCAGUUGUGUUGCACAUCCCACUUGUGUUGCACGUCCCAGUUGCGUUGCACGUCCCAGUUGCAUCGCACACCCCAACAGCUUUGCACGUCCCAGUUGCAUCGCACACCCCAGUCCCCUUGCAAAUCCCAGCUGCGUUGCACCCCCCAACCCCUUUGCACGUCCCGGUUUCCUUGCACACCCCUCCCUCCCCUUCUGCUCAUCAUUCGGGGGAUGGAGGGGGAUGGAAGAGGAGAGGGGGGGCUUCCAGGG